CACACACACACACACUGACACACACACACACACUGACACACACACACACAUACACACUCACUCACACAGUCCAGUGUGGAAUUACGGAUCCAGAUCUCAUUGUGGACACCAGAAGUUUUUGUAUUUUUCUUUUCUUUUUACAUUUUUGGAGGAAAAAGUGCUUAUGAGAGUCAGGAGGAGGACGAACUCUGAAGCGGCUUCAUCCAAAAGAUCCAUCUUUAGGCCUCUUUAUCCCGUCUAAUAGAAACACCAGAAUGACCGACGUCAUAAGCCUCGAUAAAGCAAAGCACAUAAAUAAAAAGACUCAGGAGGAGAAAAUGAACUGUGUGACGGAAGAAAAAGAGACAAAGAAGGCCGUCAAGACGAGAAAGCGUGAAAGGCCGCAGAAGAGCUCAGAGGCCGGGAUUACUGAGGUGGCGAACAUGAACGAAGUUGGAAAUUUCGAGGACAUCUCGACGGAAAAGGGUGAAGCCAACCUGACAGACGUUGCACUGAAGCAGGAGAGACUUCUUAAGUCCAACAAACGAGUGCAGAAGAGCUACAUCCCGAAAACGGGUAAAGGGGAUGUAAAGAGCAAGUUUGAGGCCAUGCAGAAGGUCAGAGAGGAGAGGAACCGCACGAGGAGCGAGGAUGAGCAAAAGAAACGCAAGGAGCAGUACAUCAAAGAGCGAGAGCGGCUCCGCAAAAAGGAACUGAUAAAAGAGCUUCUGGCCUCCAGCGACGAGGAGGAGGAAGUAAAACCAACCAAGACUGAGAAAUCAUACGUCCCCAAGAUCACUGGCAGCGUGAAGGGGAAGUUUGCUGAGAUGGAGAAGCAGAGAGAGGAAGCCCAGAGGAGGAAGACGGAGGAAGAGAGGAAGAAGCGCGUCACUCAGGAGGCGUUGGAGAAGGCCAAGAUUAAGAAAGAGUUAGCCAAGAAGGCAGAGGAGGACGGAGACACCAGCGUCUUGGUGCAGGUCGUCCCGACUAAAUCUCAGAAGCAACCCGGGAAGAUCAAGAUGAACUUCGAGGACAUAGAGAAGAGUCGAGAGGAGGAGCUCAAGAAAAGAAACGAGGAGGAAAAGAAGAAGAGAUACGACGAGAACCGGCGCUCGUUCAGAGAGGCCAAGCGGCACUCCGUCUCCACGAACCAGGAUGAUGAGGAGACGCAGGGGAAAGAGAAGGAGCGCGUGACUCCAGGAAAACUGCGUCUGACGUUCGAGGAGCAGGAGAAGGAGCGGCAGGAGCAGCAGAGGAAGCAGGCCGAGGAGGAGGCCAAGAAGAGGCUACAAGAGGAGAAGAAAGCAUUCGAGGAGGCCAAACUGGGCAUGACUCAGGACGAUGAGGACGAGAGCACCGAACAGGGUGAGAAGGAAGAGGUCCGGCCGGGAAAACUGAGGCUGAGCUUCGAGGAGCUGGAACGACAGAGACUGGAGGAUGAACAAAAACGUGUGGAGGAAGAAAGGAAGAGACGAAUCCUGGAGGAGAGGAAGGCGUUUGCUGAUGCCAGAAAGAGCAUGCACCUGGAUGAUGAAGACGACACUCUGUUGGCCGCCAUGAGCGUCGACGCCGGGGCGUCUCCAGGUAAACUCACCAUCAGCUUCGAGGAACUGGAGAGGCAGAGACGUGAGGAAGAGCAUAAGAGGAAGGAGGAAGAGGCCAAGCGGCGUCUGGAGGAGGAGAAGAGGCUGUUCGCUGAGGCUCGCAAGAAUAUGAGCUCGUCCCAGGAUCAGGACGAUACGGAGCCGCUUAGCCCAGGAGAAGCGCAGGAUGAGGACGACACGCUGGUGAGGACGGAAUCGCAGGAAGCAAUGCAUCCUGGGAAGCUGGAUAUCAAUUUCGAGGAGAUGAUGAAGAUGAAGGAAGAGGGGGAACGGAAAAAGAAGGAGGAGGCGAAGCGUAAGAAGAUGGAAAUGGAGAAGAAAGAGUUCGAGCAGCUGCGUCAGGAGAUGGGCGAGGAGGAGAUCAACGAGACGACCGAGGUGGUGAGCUCAGAGUAUGAGGAGCUGACAAAACUGAAAAGAACCGGCUCCAUCCAGGCCAAGAACCUGAAGGUGAAGUUUGAGAAGAUCAAGCAGCUCACAGACGAGGAGAUCCAGAGGAAGAUCGAAGAGGAGAGAGCGAGGAGGAAAGCGAUCGAUGAGGAGAUCAAAGAAAGGGAAGCAGAGCGCUGUGCGGAGGACGAGGCUGAGGACAUGAAAGGUGCUGUGAAAGCGGAGGACGCACCCUUCAGGCAGAAAGUGGACAUGCGUGCGCGGUUCGAGCAGAUGGCCAAAGCGCGUGAGGAAGAGGAGAAGAGGAGGAUCGAAGAGCAGAAGCUCCAGAGGAUGCAGUUCGAGCAGCAGGAAAUCGACGCCGCUCUCCAAAAUAAUAGAGAGGAUGAAGACGAAGAGGAGGGCAGCGUUGUGAACGGCUCGGGAGCCUACGAUGAGGAGGACGAUCACGGCCGGUCGGGUGCCCCGUGGUUCAAAAAGCCUCUGAAGAACCAGACGGUGGUGGAUUCUGAGCCUGUGCGCUUCACGGUUAAGAUCACGGGCGAGCCCAAGCCUGAGGUCACGUGGUGGUUCGAGGGUGAGCUGCUGCAGGAUUGUGAGGAUUAUCAGUACAUCGAGCGAGGAGAGACCUACUGCCUGUACCUGCCCGAGACCUUCCCCGAGGACGAGGGCGAGUACAUGUGCAAGGCCGUGAACAGCCGCGGCAGCGCCGCCAGCACGUGCAUCCUCACCAUCGAAACUGAGGACUACUGACCUGCCCCAUCUCUCUCUCUCUCUGGAACUUUCCCUGUCUUUUUCAUGUCUUUGUUAUUUUUAAGAAAAUGUUCAUAUCUCAUGGUAGGGCCAAACAUUCUUCUUCAGAGGAGGAAAGCUGCCUGUGUGUGUGUGCGUGAGUGUUUUUCACCAUUCCUCCAAUGAAUCCGCUCAAAGAUGAAGUGAAAGACGUGAUGUUUACAUGCCAGAACUGCCCUCGCCGUCAGAAACAUCAGCCUUUAACUAAAUUUGUGCCAAAACCAGACAGGCAGCGUGCAUGAGCUGUUAAUGCGUACACUUCCAUUUGAAAAGAUUUGUGGCUUCAGUAACACGACAGGGUCACCCGCUGUUUCUGCUUCACGGAGGAACCGAGAAAGUCGACUGUUUAAGACAAUCGGGAAUUUCUCAAAGAAAUCAGAACGAACAGAUAAGACGUGAAUGACCGUUACAUCGGACUGCUACAAAGUACUGACACUGGAGACUCCUUCCAUACACACCACAGAGACACAUUGCCUCUUACCGAAAAUGUCAUCACAUCAGUGAUUUCUUUUGUAAUCGCAGUACACAUCCCUGUGAACGAGCUGUUGCUAUGGAAACAAUAACAUAUUAGAGCCGGCGCGUGAAUAUUAAAACUGCGCUAAUGUCAAAGCUGCUGUUAUAGAAAAAUAAUCAACACCCAAGUGAGUUAAUUGUUAAGUCGUUAGCUUCCUGAUUUCUAAAGCGAUCCGUUCCUUUCAUUCUUUGGUUCUUUAUUUAAUUCUAAACCAGGCAGGAACAGCAGUUUUCAUUCUCUCUGCGAUUUAAAGUUGCUCGUAUGAUGAAGUGUUCAUUUUGCGUUUUAAUAAGGCCAUGUGUUGUUAAUGUUUAUGGCUGUCGUGAUUAGCGCAUAAACACGUUGCUGAGGUUUGCAUACAGUCGGUUUAGGAUAGAAAUAUUGAAAAGGAUAUUUGUGAUAUUUCAACUUUUAAUAAA